CUUCGGCUUCCUGGUCGGCUGCUUACCCGGACAGCGUGUCGUCCAUCACGGGUUCUUGCGCGGUGCUUCCGUGCACCUUUGCCUUCCCCGGCGACGUGUCCGUGGCCAAUGGGAUCGUGGCCAUCUGGUACAAACACGAGAAUGAGCAGCUGGUCACCGUUCUCCAUUCCACCUCUCCGGAGAAGGCCGAUGCGCGCUUUCAAAACCGGGUCCAACUGCUGGGGGAUUCCCUGGAGCGCAACUGCACCCUCCUCCUGAGAGAGCUGACGAAGGAAGACAGCGGCCCAUACUCCUUCCGCUUUGAAAUCGUCAAGGCCAACAGCUGGACGGAGAAGAAGCAGCUCCAGCUGACCAUCACAGAUGCCCCCAAGGGUGUCCAGGUGAUCCUCCGCCCCCCCAACCAGAACAUCCGAGUGGGCGACGCCGUGUCUCUGGUUUGCAACGUCAGCGCCAGCUACCCGGAGCCCUCGGCCUUCAGGUGGUUCAAGGACGGCUCUGCCUGCGGGACCGAGCAGGUGAAGAACAUCCAGCCUGUGUCCCUCAAGGAUUACGGACUCUACAAUUGUGAGGCCGAGAACGCGCUGGGCACCGGGGUGGCCGAAGGGGUCCCGCUCCUCAUUUUCUCUGCUGUGCUGUCGGUCAGUCCUUCCUCCAGGGUCAGAGAAGGUGAGAUGGUCUCCUUGACCUGCGAGGUGCCUGGAGGAGACCAACAGGAGAUCCUCUACAGCUGGUACAAGAACACGCUGUGGCUGAAGGAGGGCAGCGCCCGCAUCCUGACCUUCCAGCAGGUGACCGUCGGGGACACCGGCUACUACGCCUGCAAAGUCCAGAACGACAAGGGGAGCCAGACCUCCGCCGCCGUCAGCCUGACCGUCCUGUAUCCCCCGCGGCCGCCCUCCCUGGCCUUGUUCCAGGAGAGGCAGAGGGGCCAGCUGGCCAUCGUCCACUGCACGGUGGACAGCAACCCCCAGGCCACCCUGAGCCUCUUCCGGGACGGGCGCCUCCUGGCCACCACCAGCUCGCACUCGGCGCCCAGCCAGCGGAUCCGCAUCGCAGCCACCCGCAACUCCCUGAAGAUGGAGAUCCAGAGGGUCACCCUGGAGGACGAGGGCGAGUAUCAGUGCCUGGCCAGCAACCAGUACGGGAACGCCAGCAGCUCCAGCUUCUUCCGGAGCCAGACGGCCAGGGUGGUGGCCAGCCCCUCCGACCAGCUGGUCGAAGGCCAGCGCGUCGCCCUGACCUGUCUCACCACCGUGGGGAGCGAAGAAGAAGAAGAAGAAGACCCCACCACGUAUGUUUGGUACAAGAACGCCAAGUGGCUACAGCAAGGCCAGAAGGACACCCUGGUCCUCUCAGCGGUGGUCAGCGGAGACGCUGGCUCGUUCCACUGCGUGGCCGAGAACAAGAAAGGGAGCCACAUCUCACCGCCCAUCGCUCUGCGCGUACUCUAUUCCCCAAGGUUGCCCGUGAUGACCUCGUUCCUGGAGACCCAAGGAGGACAUCUGGGCAUCAUCCAGUGCACAGUGGACAGCGACCCGCCUUCGGAGAUAGCUCUGUACAAGGGCAACACGCUUGUGGGCUCCACCGAUCUUCUCCAGUUGGUGACGGACCCAAGGAUCCAGGUGACCUCCUCGCAUAACACCCUGAAGGUGACCAUCCAGGUCUUGAGGUGGGACGACGAAGGAGAAUACGUGUGCUCGGCUCAAAACCGCUACGGGGACGCCAUGUCCACCAUGGAGUUCACCACAGAAACCGCCAGCAUCACCAUCAGCCCCUCUCCGGAGGUCCACGAAGGCCACGCCGUCCGCCUCUCCUGCACCCUCAGCGGCAACCUCUCAGCCUCGGCUAACUACUCCUGGUUCAAGGGGGGCCUCCAUCUCCCGGGGGCCUCCGGGGAUUCCCUGGUCCUCGAACACGUGGCCCUGGAGGACGCCGGAGCGUAUAAGUGCCGAGUGGACUAUCACGGAGUCAGCAAGACGUCCAGCUCGGCCUCCCUCUCUGUGCUGUAUGCGCCGAGGAACCUCCACGUGUCGGUUUUCACGGAGACCGAGAGGGGAACCGUGGCCAUCUUCCAGUGUUCGGUGGACAGCCAUCCUCCCGCCACGUGGGUCCUGUACAAAGGAGACGCCGUCUUGGCCACCAGCGGCGAGAAGGAUGAGCCGGCCUCCCGUCGGGUCAGCGUCACAACCGGGCCCGGCACCCUGCACGUGGAGAUGACCGGGGUGGUGCCGGAAGACGAAGGGAGCUACAACGUGACGGCCACCAACGCCCACGGAUCCGCCUCCCGACGGCUCUACUUUCGGGUGCAAACGGCCCGGAUCCUGAUCACGCCCUCCCCAGAGGUGGUCGAAGGGGACCAGGUCAGCCUCACCUGUGACGUGAUGGGAAGCCUCCCGGAGGAGGCCAGCUUCUCCUGGUACCGGAACAGCAAACACCUCCAAGGGGAGGCCGAGGGCACCCUGGCCUUCCUGCCCGUCACCCGCCUGGACGCCGGAGCCUAUUACUGCAAAGCCCAGACUGCCCAGGAGAGCAGCCUCAGCAUCUCCCCGUCCGUCAGCCUGACCGUCUUUUACCCCCCUGGGAGCCCACAGAUCACGGCUUUCCUUGAGACACAGGACAACCGGGUGGCCGUCCUCCUCUGCACGGUGGAGAGCGACCCCCAGGCCCACCUCGCCAUACGCAAAGGCCAGCAGCUCUUGGCCUCCAGCACGGACUCCGCUCUCGCCCACCCCCGGCGGGUGAAGGCCUCCCCCACCUACAACAGCCUGAGGGUGGAGAUCUGGGACGUGGUGAUGGAAGACGAAGGGGAAUACGUGUGUUUUGCGAGCAACCGACACGGCAACGGGAGCGCCAGGGUCACCUUCAGAGCAGAGGCCGCAAAGCUCUGGAUUUCUCCUCCAGACGCCCUGGAGGGCAACUCCGUCAACCUGACCUGUGCAGUGGACAGUGAGGCCGCUGGGGAGAUGCGCUACACCUGGUUUAAGAACAACGAGUGGUAUGCGGACGGCUUGGUCAGGACGCUGGUGUUCCACCAGGCCACCGUAGAAGACGCGGGCAGCUACUACUGCACGGUCCACACCCGUGAGAGGAUGCGGAACUCCUCCUUAAGCACCUUGAACGUCCUCUAUCCACCCAGGAACGUGCUGGUCGAGUCCUUCUUGGAGACCCAGAAGGGCCAGGUGGCCAUCGUCCUGUGCACCGUCCAGAGCAACCCGCCGUCUGCGCUGUCCCUCCGUCGUGCUGGCCAACUCUUGGCGUCCAGCUCCUCCAAAGUCCGUGGGGGGCCAGGCCCAAAGCUGCGGGCCGCUUCCUCGCCAAAUUCCUUGAGGCUGGAGAUCAAAGACGUCAACCUGGACGAUGAAGGGAGCUACGAGUGCUGGGCGGGAAACUCCCUUGGCGAAGCCCACGCUUCUUUCAACCUCUCCGUGGAGACUAUCAGGCUGGUGAUCGAUCCCGCCCCAGAGGUGCAUGAAGGGCAGCGUGUCUCUCUGAUCUGCCAAGAUGCCAGCUUCCAGCCCUCCGCCAUCUACACCUGGUACAAGGACGCCAGAUGGUUUGCAGAUGGUCCGGCCACCUCCUUCCUACUCCCAGCUGUUACUCCCCGGGACAUGGGAUCCUACGUGUGCCAGGUUCAAGACGAGCGGGGCGUCAGGACCUCUCCAGCCGUCACUCUCUAUGUGCACUACGAGCCGAAGAAGGUCACCCUCACCUCCUUCCUGGAAACCCCGUCUGGGAACCAGGCGGUCCUGCAGUGCGUGGUGGAGAGCUACCCACCCUCGGAGCUGACGCUCUACAGGGGAAACGGGCUGGUGGCCUCCAGCAGGAUCUCGGGGAACUUGCCCGGUCAACGGUACGUCGUUCAGGCCUCUCACAACUUCCUGAAAGUGGAGAUCCAGAAGGUCCUUCGGGAGGACGAGGGACAAUACCACUGCACAGCCAAGAACAUCUACGGGACCUCUGCAGCAUCGAUACACUUCGGUGUGCCGGGAAGCGUUGAUGUUCUCAUUAACGUAGAUGCGCCAGAACGGCCCUCCUUGACGGUUUACCUGGACACUCAGAAUGGGAACCUGGCUAUGGUCACCUGCAAAGUGGACAGCUACCCAUCUUCCAGCCUGGCCAUAUACAGAGGUCAACUGGCUGACCCCAAAAGCUGGUCACCAGCCAGUCAGCGUUUCCACACCUUCUACUCUGAUAACAGCCUGAGGCUGGAGAUUCAGGACCUCACUGCCAAAGAUUCGGGGCAUUUUGUGUGUCAAGCUCGCAACACACUGGGCAACGCGACCAGCAGCAUCACCUUCAAUGCGAGAUCGCCCGCGCAGCACUUGCUGCGAUGCCAGCGCGAACCCCGUGUCUCUUCUUCUUCUUUUCCUGCAGGCCUCUCUGAAUUGACCAUCUUCAAGAUCUGGGCUGGGAUCGCCACUGCCUUGAUCUGCAUAGCUGCUCUGGGGGGCCUGAUCCUUGGAUUGCGUAACAACAGCUCCCGGAUAUACCAGAAAUGGGUAACGUGGACGAAAGAGAAGAGGAGCAAGGAGGAGGUGCAGCAGGCCGAAAACAGAGAAGACGUGAUCCAGCUGAAUGCAGAGAACCCCGAAACGCCUCCGGCUGGACGGUCCUGCUUCUCCUAUCGAAGGCUGCCCUGGAAGGCCGACGCUGCUCCGAAAGAGGCUGCGCCAGAGUCCAAUCGCACAAGCAGCUUGUGAACCUACGGAGAGGACCUGCAGAUGGGUGCGCAAGCGGGCCAAACCUGGGCUGAUCAGGC